CGCGAGAACUGAAAACGUGAUUUCGGAAGGCCGGGGUUUUCAUUCAUCUUUUCGAGGUGAUCACAGAUAGAUCGGAAGAUGACCAAUCCAGAGGUUCGUCCUAAUCACACCAUCUACAUCAACAACCUGAAUGAGAAGAUCAAGAAAGAUGAGCUGAAAAAGUCGCUUUAUGCCAUCUUCUCACAGUUUGGACAAAUUCUGGACAUCUUGGUAGCACGAAACCUGAAGAUGAAGGGCCAGGCCUUUGUUAUCUUUAAAGAGAUCAACAGCGCCUCCAACGCCUUAAGGUCCAUGCAGGGGUUUCCCUUCUACGAUAAACCCAUGAGAAUCCAGUAUUCCAAGACAGACUCUGACAUUAUCGCCAAGAUGAAGGGGACCUAUGUGGAACGCGACCGUAAAAAGGAGAAGAAGAAGCCCAAACCUGAAUCAGGUGGAAGUAAGAAAGCAGCUGCAGCCAUGGUGGGUGGAGUGCCGUCCGCCAUGCCGGGAAUGCCUCCUAUGAGUCAGGCGCCACGGAUGAUGCACAUUCCAGGACAGCCACCCUACAUGCCCCCUCCUGGAAUGAUGCCCCCACCUGGAAUGGCUCCCGGCCAGAUUCCUCCAGGUGCCAUUCCUCCUGGUCAGAUGAUGCCAGGACAGAUGCCACAGCAGGUUUCAGAAAAUCCCCCCAAUCACAUCCUCUUUCUCACAAACCUGCCCGAAGAGACGAACGAACUCAUGCUCUCCAUGCUCUUCAACCAGUUCCCUGGCUUCAAAGAGGUGCGUCUGGUUCCCGGCCGGCACGACAUCGCUUUUGUGGAGUUUGAAAACGAGGUCCAGGCCAGCGCUGCACGAGAUGCACUGCAGGGCUUCAAGAUCACACAGACGAACGCUAUGAAGAUCUCUUUUGCUAAGAAAUAACCCCUCCUCACAGGGUCCUGGGUUUAAAUGCUUUCAGAUCUUUUUGUUUUUUAUAAAAAUGUUGCUGAUUUGUUGACAGUGAUACUUCCCCUCCAAGGAUUACCGUGUAAGUAUACAUUUUACAUGUCAAGUUGCUGGGUUUUAGACACUUCAUUGCCUCAACGCUUGUUGGUAAAUAAAUUCAAAGGUGUGGAUCAUAAAACCUUUACAGAUGUAUUGUGCUGUCACAAGCAACUUGACAUAUUGUUUUUAAUUUUUUUUAUUAAACUGUUAAAGCAUUGCACCCAGAGUCUGGGCUACCAGACACUGUACCUGGAGCUUUUCUUUUUUUGUUUUUUAAUAAAAGAGGUGACUUUAUAUAA